AAUAUUGUAAAUAUUUGGACACUGAUAGUUUUUCUGUUUAAGCCAGCGGGUGUAUCAAACCUAUCAUUUCAUACCUGUACACCUUGAGUGAAUUUAAGAUAAAUGUGAAAAGCAAGACACUAAAUUUUGAUAUUCAACUGCCCCCUUUGUAUCCUGGUCUUAUGGAUAGCUGCAUACUGGCUUUUCUCAUCCUGCAAUAUUUAAUGGUACCCUUUUUAAAGAAGGGAGUUGAUCUGAAGUGUGUUUGAUUAUCCAGUUUUGUUUAUUUUGUUUUCCUUUUUGCAAAUAUGUGCUUUAGUUAAAAUAUUUUCUCCCAAAAGUUUCUGACCAUUUUUCCUGUUGUCAGGUGUGUUAUGAGUUCAGAAUGUGGGUUUGUAUUGGACCUGGAAAACAUGUCUUGAAAGCAGCAUAUAUUGCUUUCAAAAAGUAGUCAGAAUAAACCCCAAGAUUUGGGGAAGUACUAGAGCGGGACACAGCUUCCCAUGAGCCUCUUGGGUCAGUCAUCUUGCUCUGGUUUGACUGUGGAUCUCUUAAUAGGAUUAUCUAUUCUCGGGACAGGAGAGAGACAGAGGGCAGAAUGAACUAAAGACAAGACUUGUAACGAUAUCUCUACUUUUCAGCAGCAAUGAAAACCCCGCUUCUCACUGUAGAUGAGAUUUGUCUAAUUUCAUCAUUUAGUUAAAGCAUUUGGGUUAUUCUAAUGGGCACGAUGGGUGACUCUCUAAUGGGCGCUGAGGUGAGAUAAAUAAUCUACCAACCGCUUUAUCUGUUUCUGUUUACACUUUAUAUAUCUAAUACCUCCAUGAUAUAUUUUAAGGGUUUACAGCCAGACGCGGGGACAAGCAGACAGAACUUAUCCACCAAGCCUGACAGUGAGGACAGCGAGGAAGAAACCAGUCAUGAAGAGCCACCAAUCACAAACUGGAGUGACCUGUCCAUCAUUGAGCGUGUCGGCCUCAACAGUAUGGAGAUGUCAGAGAACGAUUUGGAGACAGCCUUCUCUCAGAUCUCCCUGGCCUUUCGCUGUGAUCAGUACACCCUGAAACAGAGACUGCAGGCGGAGGAGCAUGCCCGAAACCUGGCUGAGGAGAACAUCCAGCUUGAACUGACCAGAGGCAGGGAGACCCUGGAGGCACUGAAGAGCGUGUGUUUGGACAGUAAGCGCAGUAAUAUCCUGCAGAGGCUGGAGUUGUGUCUGGAUAUCCUUGGUGGGACAGUAGAGCGAAUCUCCACCACAGCGGAGGUGCUCGGUGCUGUGCACCAGGAGGCUCGAGUGAGUCGAGCAGUGGAGCUCAUGGUGGCUCACGUGGAGAGUCUGAGGAGGCGUCAUGACAGAAACGUAGCAGAGCUGGAAGAAACCAAAAAGAUGAUGCAGCAGCAGAACCCCCGGAGACGCAGCAUCAAUCCAACAAUCUCAGCAGAUGUAGAGGAAAGUGACAAAAUGGGCUCUAAUCAGAAUGUUUUGCGUCGAAGGAUCAGUGCAUCAGUCAUUUCCAGCCAAACUCAGGAGAAAAAGAAGCGAGACUCCAGGAAACGGGUCUCCUCCAUUAAGAAGCCGUCCCCCGUGUGCCUGUCUCGUUCCCUGAGCUUAGAGUCCAGCUGUUUAACCAUAACCAGGGAUGACAGCUACUCCAUGGAUGACAGACCUCACAAUCCAGAACGACCAGAAGCUUCAGCUCCUCAACCUCCUCCAGACCCCACCCUUGGUCCAGCUCCCAACCCAGAGAUCCCCACUUCUGAGCAAGCGCCCCCCAUAAAGACACAAACCAAAAAUCCCACUCUGGACACUUUGCGACAAAGACACAAGGGCAAAGCAGCUUUAUCAAACAAAGGAAAGGAGAAAAAGGUGACGAAUAUCUACAGUCAAAACUCUAUGGGCACGUGUGGAACCCCAUGCAAACAGCACCCUCUGGGUCUCAGGCUGUAUCACUGCCGAUGGACACGUAUCUGCAUAAACCUGCUUCUGCUCAUCUGUGUCAUCAUGCUGACUUACUUCUUCUGGAAGCUUCAUGAAGGAGAAUUUGAGCCAUGA